GUGGCGGGAAAAGGCGGUGGAGGGCUCGAGGCUGGGGUGGGAAUUGAGGUUUCCUCAGCCUUGAGGCGAGGACAAGCACACAGAAGAGGGGAACGAACCCAGAGUGUGGCAGAAGGCUCUGGGGUGACGCCAAGGAGAUCGGUGUAUGGGUCCAGUGAGCCGUCGGGGUGUCCACGAAGGCUUCUGAAAAUGGACGGACGUGGGAGGCCAAGAUUGGCCUCUGUGAGCGAGUUUCAGUUUGGAGCUGUCGCCACCGAGACCAUCGAGGACGCUCUUCUCCACCUGGCCCAGCAGAAUGAGCAAGCGGUGCAGGAGUCGGCGGGCUGGAUGGGCAGCUUCCGGGAGACCCGCAUCGUGGAGUUUGUUUUUCUCCUGUGUGAACAAUGGUGUCUGGAGAAAUCCGUGAGCUACCAGGCUGUAGAAAUCCUAGAAAGGUUUAUGGUUAAACAGGCAGAGAAUAUCUGCAGGCAGGCCACAAUCCAGCUAAGGGAUAAGACAGUGCCUCGGAACUGGAGGGCUCUGAAAGAGCGGCUUUUCAACAAAUUUAUCCUGCGUCUUGUGUCAUGUGUUCAGCUGGCAAGCAAACUUUCUUUCCACUACAAAAUAAUCAGCAACAUUACAGUCCUGAAUUUCCUCCAGGCUCUAGGAUAUCUAUACACUAAAGAAGAACUGCUGGAGUCAGAGCUUGAUGUUUUGAAGUCCCUGAACUUUCAAAUCAACCUGCCUACUCCCCUGGCAUAUGUGGAGAUGCUCCUGGAGGUUCUAGGAUACAAUGGCUGUUUGGUCCCAGCCACGCAGCUGCAUGCAACCUGCCUAACCCUGCUCGACCUAGUCUAUCUUCUGCAUGAACCCAUAUAUGAGAGCCUGCUGAGGGCUUCAAUUGAGAACUCCACACCCAGUCAGCUACAAGGGGAAAAGUUUGUUUCAGUGAAGGAAGACUUCAUGCUAUUGGCAGUAGGAAUCAUUGCAGCAAGUGCCUUCAUCCAAAACCAUGUGUGUUGGAGCCAGGUUGUGGGGCACUUGCAGAGCAUCACGGGUAUUGCCUUGGAGAGCAUUGCUGCGUUCUCUUAUGCAAUCCUGAUGCACAGCGUGGGAGCCAACACUCCGGGGCGACAGCAGCCUAUUUCUCCCCACCUGGCAGCCAGAGCUCUGAGGGCUGCUGCUUCCUCCAACACAUGAAGCAGACAGAAUCUGCCAAAUAGAAACAGCCUUCCGUCACUGUACUCAC